AUGCGACAUCUCUUCGUUGUGAUCACGCUGGCCACGGUGGUGGUAGCCGAACUGGCAGUAGCAGUCACCGAUUUGUGCGAACAGUUUCCUGAAAUGGCAGGAUGUAUAAAAGGUAAUAUAUUGGUGUCAUUGGGGAGUUGUUAGGGUAAAAAUUUUGUUGACUUAGGGGUGUAGUUUGACAUAAAUUUUGAAAUUUUGAUAAAAGGUAUCUUAAGGCUAAAAUACGCUUAAUUGCGAGAACAAAUAGUCAAAGAAUUUAAAGAAACAUUACAAAACAUGAUGUUGCUCUACUCACCUCUUACUGCCAUUCCUAAUGUUUCUUGUUGACUACGGGUCACAUGCCCAUUCUCACCAUAAAUCACGUCAGUAGCAUAAUAUACGUAACCCAGUACAUUAAGACCAUAAUUUGCAGCCGAACAAGUCCAGAAACGCAAAUCUGCCUACAUGAGGUUUGGCAAACGGUCGGUGACUUUGGGCGAGUUGGCGGAUUCAGAAGACGUGGAGCCGUUCGCCGCUUACGAGAAGCGGAAGUCAGCCUACAUGAGGUUCGGGAAGAGGUCGGCGGGUAUGUUGGAGAUGCCAGAUGAGGACGGGAUGGAGAUGGAGAAGAGAAAGUCCGCUUACAUGCGCUUCGGCAAGAGGAAGUCUGCCUACAUGAGGUUCGGCAAACGGUCAGGUCAAGGGAUGGACGACGAGUUCGUCAUGAACAAGCGCAAGGUCGCUGCGUUGAGGUGAGGAUUCUGAAGAGUUUAGGCAUGCUUUUAGUAGGAUGAUUAAGAUAUGGUUAUUAAAAAUAAGUUUAUUGUAUAACAUGUUACUAUUGCGACGCUAGUAGCUCAUUUAUGAUGUUGUUUGGAGUUUUUUGCAAUAGUUGUGUACCCAUAGUAUAGUAUGAUAAUUUUUUACCAAACUAUACUAUUUUCAAAUAUUUUUUAAACUUAUAAAAAUGACAUUUCACAUUCAUAUAUGCGGUUUGUGCUCUUCUUAACCUUUGUGUGCUAACUUUUAUCACUUGGCCUUUUCAACUAACAUAACUCCAAACUUAUCACAAUGUUGUUCACAAUGUUUUGAGCUAAAGAACUUAUAAUUUUAAUUUUUAAAGUUUAACCCCUUAUGAGCACUACCAAUAUUAUUACUAAAAUAGCCUAUAUAACACUGACAACUCAUAUAUUACACUAACUUUUCUAAAUUAACACUAUCAACUUGACCAUGACACUAACAACCCACCUCACUAACAUCUAUUUCAGGUUUGGCUAG